UUGUUCGCACUUCCUCGAAUAUCCAGGACCAUCUCCUCUCUCCCUGUGACAGCUCCAACAGCUCCAACAACUCCAUCACAAUCACCAGCAGUAAGAAGCCUCAGAGCAAAGCUCGAAUCAUUUGUAGAAGCCUAUGAAGAGUUCAUCGGGAUUAAAGCUGUUAAAGAAGCACAAGCCGGAGUGAUGAUGUCUUUUCAUUAUCUUUUGGCUGGUGAUUUGCUUAAAGUACGGGCUUCACAUGAAAGAGAACGAGAACGAGUAGAAAAGACAAAAUGGUGGUCUGUCAGUGCUUCUCUUGUUGGUGCCAUCAUAGGAAUUGUAAAUAAUAAGAUGCUUAUGAAAGUGUUUCAGGCGAUCGCAGCUAUUCGAGAAGAUAAUGCUCGUCUAUCCACACAGAUGGAAGAACUGGCUAGGCUGGCUCGGAUAGAAGUCAGUCUCGAUUCCGAUCCAAACGCUGUGGUCUACGUUGGCAGUGAUAUGGAACGAUUACUAGACCAAACCGAAAAGAAUAUCGAAUCAAAGAUGAAACUGCAAACUUUACUAUCUGUUGUUGCGCUCUAUGCAGCCAUAGGUGUAGCAGUUCCCUUAGUGUAUGCUGCUUUUAGGGGAGGAUAAUC